CUUUGACCUUAAGGGAAGCAUAUGAUCUAAUGAGCUUCAGAUUUCCAAUCUGUAAAAAAAAAUAUGUAAGAGUUAUGUAGCUGCGCUGCCACCCUGCCUGGUUGGGAUAAGAACCAAAUAAGGAAAGCCUCUGCAAUGUUGUGGGAAUUAUUAGUCAAAGACAAUCUGGAGUGUCUUUCUGGAAGAAGUGGGAGUGAGGAACAUGCAUGGCCAGAGGGAAUAUGUAUAAAAAGAAGGAGCAAAUAUGGAGGGAAUGUGGAUCAGUAUGCUUUUGCUCUGUCUCGUCUGCUGAUCCCAGGAAAGCAUCUUCUGAGACCAUCUUUGGUUUCUGGUAUGGGGCCAGAGAUAGGGAGUCAUGCUUAUAUCCAAGAAGCUGGCUCCUGAUCUUUAAGUUGAAGGAUAAAGCUUUUCAGGUAAGAUGAAGUUCCCAUGCUGAGACAGCUGUGCAGUGUCCAAGGAAGGCUGGGACCCUGAGGAUUCUUCUCUCUGCUCACUCUACAGGUUGGUGAAUUCUGGCCUCACAUCAGGUUGUUGUCAGGCUCUGUCCUCAGUGCUCAGCGCUAACCAGAAUUUCACGCACCUUUACCUCCGGGGCAACGCUCUUGGAGACAUGGGGGUCAAGCUCCUCUGUGAGGGACUCCUGCACCCCAACUGCAAGCUUCAGAUGUUGCAGUUAGAUAACUGCACCCUCACCUCACACUGCUGCUGGGAUCUUUCCACACUGCUGACCUCUAACCGGAGCCUGCGAGAGCUGAGUCUAGGCAGCAACGACCUGGGUGACCUGGGGGUGAUGCUACUCUGUGAAGUGCUGAAACAGCAGGGCUGCCUCCUGAAAAACCUGAAGCUGUGUAAAAUGUAUUUCAAUUAUGAUACAAAAUGUGCAUUAGAAACACUUCGAGAAGAAAAGCCCGGGUUGACCAUUGUCUUUGAGCCUUCUUGGUAGUGGCGGAAGCAGGGAUACCAGAUGCCAGUGCUCUUUGCCCACCCCCACCUCCCACCCCCAUCAUCGAGGUGUGAGCAAGUGGUAGUCAGUGCUCCUCCAUCAGA